GGCUCAUGGAAAAUGUUCAGUCCCAAUGAAGUGAUGCAGUGCAUAGGAGUCCUGAUCUACAUGGGAAUUGUGGAACUGCCUCGCCUCCAUCUAUACUGGAAUACCUCGGAGUUAUUUUCCGGCCUCAUUCUUCCAAAGAUUAUGUCCAGAAGCCGAUUUUUUGCGUUUCUUGCUUUUCUCAGUGUCAUGGACCCGGAGAAGACUGACGCUGUCCGCGAUGGCAAGCUGCACAGGAUCACACAUCUGCUGCAACAUAUGAAUGACGUGUCAAGUCAGCAUUUCCAGCCAUACCGAAAUUUGUGCGUGGAUGAACGAAUGGUCAAAUCAAAAGGACGAUCGGGAAUACGCCAGUAUAUGCGUGACAAGGGGGUCAAAUGGGGGUACAAGCUGUGGGUCCUUGCUGACUCAAGCACAGGCUACACUGUGCAAUUUAGCGUUUACACCGGGAAGCGAGAAACACCCAGCUCAAAGGGACUGGCUUAUGACGUUGUAACGCGCCUGUGUGAUGCAUAUUUGGAUCAAGGCUACAUUAUCUACCUUGACAACUUCUACACAUCCACCUCCCUCUUUGAACACCUUCUUGAGAGGAAGACUCUCUCUUGUGGAACAACACGCAAAGAUCGGCGCGGAUUUCCCUCCCAGUUGAAAGACACCACUUGGGAGAAAAGAGCAACUCGAGGGGACAUUCGCUGGCUGCGGUGCCGUGAUGUGCUGUAUUUGCAAUGGAAAGACAAGCGCACUGUAAACAUGAUGAGCACAGCCCACACUGCCAACAAUCACGUCAGUGCAAUGCGAAAAGUGAAGAGAGGAGACCGAUGGACAAGGAUCCCCAUAAGGAAGCCACUCAUAAUAGAAGACUAUAAUAAGGGCAUGCUUGGUGUUGACAAGUCCGAUCAACUUAUCGCUUCUUACAAUGUCUUGAUGAAGUGUGUCAGGUGGUGGAAGACACUGUUCUUCCACUGCAUUGACAUUGCUGUCGUCAACAGCUUUGUCAUCUUCCAAGGACACAGGGAACAUCACCCCGAGAUAGAGGAGCUCACCAGAAAGACUGGCUUUGACCAGCUCGCAUUCCGUAUUGAGCUGGUCAACCAGAUUUUCGGGAUGGACGACAGACAUGUUCACCCUCCGCCUCCUCCAAAGAAGUCUGAGCACAAGCCCCAGGUGCAAGAAAAGCGCCGUAACUGCAAGCUCUGCUACGAGAAAAAGAAGGUCGAAAGGAAGACUGCAGUUUUUUGUGAGCCGUGUGGUGUGUAUCUGUGUUUCAUCCCAACGAGGGACUGCUUUGGAGGAUGGCACGCCACACACCCACGCUAACUUUUUUUUUUGCGCAAAGAACAGUUUUCAGCAAUACCCUCUGAAAAUUGUGUUAUCAUUUUAUGGCAUAAUAAGCUACAGAAUGCAUAUCUUGAAAUUUUUUCACUCUUGAUAUUUUUAGAGUUGUCCACCUUUGUCAAGCAGAACAACAUCCUCACUGUAUAAAGUUUUACAUUAAAACAUUUUUUUUAUUAUGUUGUGCAAUAAAUGUAUAUGCAGCAUUUAUGUUAUCGAAUAGAAAAUUCUUUUAACUACAUUUUGAUACCAAACAAUGUAAAUAAGGCAUUAGUGAAUCUGCACCAAAAAAUAUUUCCUUCCACCUAGUAAAAACUGCCCUUUUUCCCGUGGUAGCGAAAG